GUUAACCUACUAUCAAACGCCGCCCAAAUUCCUGGCUUCUUACACCCGCGAAUCCGACGCCCUGAGAACAUGUGCGCUGUUGCUGCUCUAAAUGAUAAGUCGCUACUUUUAGAGAUCAAAAACGCUGACGGGUUAGACGCAUACACGUAUUUGAAGGAAUGUCUAACACAUAUAUUGUCUUCACAAAAAUCAACGGGUUUCGAAGAAUUUGAAGCCAUUAGCAAAUCUGUCAAAGAGUUGCACCGUAAAAGUAAAACCCCAGCUCAUGUCCGAAAAAACCCUAUUGAACUCUCAUUUUCUAAGACUCAGCAUGGAUUAUACCUGCAGUCAGAGGAAGACAAAUAUGAAGCUUCUGGCAUAGAUACAGAUGUCGAGGAAUCACUUCCUAACUUGGCUGAUGUAUUUUACCGAUUUGAAACAGCAGGAAUCGGUUUCAACACUGUUGAAUGUGUUCAGUUAACGCUCGCUAUCAAAGCACUAAUGAAGAGCCAGCCUAUAAUUUCAGCGCGAUUUUGGGGAAAGGUUUUUGGGCUAAUGCAGAACUAUUUUGUCGUCGAGACUAUACUCUCGGAAGAGGAAAAUGCUGAAGAAGAUGAAGAGGAUGAAAAUGUUCAUCCGGAAGAAGACCAUGACAAAAAUACGGACGAACUUUAUGACGAAGAUGGUGAGUUUAGUGCAUUUGUAUUUAGCACUUACUUAUUUUAA